CUCUCCUCCUCCUCCUCCUCUUUCUCCAUCUUCAAAAUCCUCUCCGACAAGCUUUCUCCAAACCACUCCAUUGAAAACUCGCGCUCCCAUUUCGUAAGAAAACAAACGCAAAAACGACAUGCCGAAGUUGGAAUCGAAGAAGAAGAAGAUCCGAGUCCCGACCUGCUCAAUCUGCCACACGCCCUACGACGAUGACUCCCACGCGCCUCUCUUGCUCCAAUGCGGCCAUUCCUUCUGCAAGCACUGCCUCUCCCACGUGUUCUCCUCUUCGUCGGCCACACCCAAGCACACCCUCCCCUGCCCCAAGUGCCGCCACGUGUCUACAAUCGGCAACUCCGUCCUCUCCCUCCCCAAGAAUUACUCUCUCCUUCCCAUCCUCUCCUCCUCCUCCGACGAUGUCACCGACGACGAAGAUUCUGAGUCGGAAUUGGCACCACCGUCACAGCCUCGUAGCGCGUGCUGUCGAGGCAGCGGCACGGGAUUGCCCAGGAGUCUGUAUGUGGAUCACGAGCUGAGGCUGAUCAAGAGGAUCGGGGGCGAAGCGGAGAGGUGGUUGGGUGAGAUGAGGAGGUCGAAGAGGUGUAGGCACAAGGUGGUGGUGAGGAGGGUUGGGGUGGCGGACGUGUCAGACUGCGAUUGGGUGGAGGGGGAGCUCGAGAGGCUUCGCGUGUCGUCGAUGUGGUGCAGGAACGUGUGCACGUUCCAUGGAGUGGUGAAGCGGGACAAUCAUCUGUGCCUCGUCAUGGAGAGGUGCUAUGGUUCGGUUCAGUCCGAGAUGCGCCGCAGUGGCGGCCGCCUCACUCUCGAGCAAAUCCUCAGAUAUGGGGCAGACAUUGCGCGUGGGGUGGCUGAACUACAUGCAGCAGGUGUUGUAUGCAUGAAUUUAAAGCCAUCCAAUUUCCUUCUGGAUGCAAGUGGCCGUGUAGUGGUUUCUGAUUAUGGGCUUCCAAUAAUUCUGAAGAAACCUUCUUGCCGAAAAGCUCGACCUGGUCCAGAGGUUGAGUUCUUAAAAAUGCAUUGGUGUAUUGAUUGUACAUUGUUGAGUCCACAUUACACAGCUCCAGAGGCAUGGGAGCCUUUAAAGAAGUCACUGCACUUAUUCAGGGAUGAUGCAAGUCAUAUAUCUGCCGAGUCAGAUGCCUGGAGUUUUGGUUGUGCCCUGGUUGAAAUGUGCACUGGUUCCAUUCCAUGGGCUGGUUUAGGCGCAGAAGAAAUUUGUCGUGCUGUUGUCAAGGAAGGAAAGCCACCUCCCCAGUAUUCAAGUGUUGUAGGUGUUGGGAUUCCUAGAGAUUUGUGGAAAAUGAUCGGUGAGUGCUUACAGUUCAAGUCAUCGAAAAGACCAACUUUUCAUGCAAUGCUUGCUAUAUUUCUACGCCAUUUGCAACGGAUUCCUCACAGUCCAAGUCCAAACAAUGAAGCAGCUAAUAGUCCUGGAAUUGAUAUGUUGGAACGGUCCCCUACAUCUGUUUUGGAUAUUUCCCAUGUUAAAAGCAACCAUCUGCAUCAACUUGUAUCUGAAGGGAAUGUGAAUGGUGUUAGGGAUCUGCUUGCAAAGUCUGCAGUGGGGAACAAUAAUGGCUCAAUCAUUUCUCUUUUGGAAGCACAUAAUGCUGAUGGUCAAACUGCUCUGCACUUGGCUUGUAGACGAGGUUGCCCAGAGAUAGUUGAUGCUAUUUUAGAGUACGGCAAUGUGGAUGUGGAUGUCCCUGAUGAAAAUGGAAAUCCUCCUAUAGUGUUUGCUUUAGCAGUUGGGUCCUCAGAAUGUGUGCGUGCUCUCAUCAGAAAAUCAGCUAAUGCUAUAUCUAGGUUGAUGGAAGGCUUUGGUCGAUCUGCUGCUCAUGUUUGUGCAUUUUAUGGGCAACCUGAUUGUAUGCAUGAACUACUAUUGGCUGGAGCUGAUCCCAAUGCAGUGGCUGAUGAUGGUGAAACUGCAUUGCAUAUAGCCAUUGCCAAAAAAUUCACAGACUGUGCUAUUGUAAUACUGGAAAAUGGGGGCUGCAAGUCUAUGGGUUUUCUGAAUUCAAAAAAUUUAACUCCUCUGCACUUGUGUAUAGCAUCUUUAGAUGUGGCUAUAGUUAAGCGGUGGGCAGAAAUCGCGUCACUCGAAGAGAUUUCUGAAGCAAUUGACAUACCAAGUUCAUCUGGAACUGCACUAUGUAUGGCGGCUGCUCUAAAAAAAGAUCGCGAGACAGAGGGUAGAGAGCUGGUAAGAAUACUGCUUGCAGCUGGAGCAAACCCAACUGCCCAAGAUCCACUACAAUAUCGAACAGCUUUGCAUACAGCUGCCAUGGCCAAUGAUGUUGAGUUGGUUAAGAUUAUUCUUGAUGCUGGAGUCGAUGUGAACAUCAGGAAUAUGCAUAAUACAAUACCUCUUCAUUUGGCAUUGGCAAAAGGAGCAAAACCAUGCGUUGGAUUACUCUUAUCUGCUGGAGCAAAUUGUAAUUUGCAGGAUGAUGAUGGUGACAAUGCUUUUCAUAUAGCUGCUGAUGCAGCAAAGUACAUACGUGAAUGUCUUGAGUGCAUUGUAGUUAUGCUGCAGUAUCCAGGUGCUGCCAUCGAAGUUAGGAACCACAGUGGUAAGACAUUGCGUGACUUAUUGGAAGCCCUACCUCGAGAAUGGAUUUCUGAAGAUUUAAUGGAAGCACUUAUGAGCAAGGGACUUCAUCUGUCUCCGCCAGUAUUUGAAGUGGGAGAUUGGGUGAAAUUUAAAAGAAAUGUGAAAACCCCUGUAUAUGGUUGGCAAGGUGCAAAGCAUUGGAGUGUUGGCUUUGUACAGAGUAUCCAAAAGAGCGACAGCCUUGUUGUUUCAUUUUGCACUGGAGUAGCUCACGUCCUCACUAAUGAAGUUAUAAAAGUCUUCUCUUUGGACAGGGGACAGCUUGUGCGACUCAAAGCUGACGUUGAAAAGCCAAGGUAUGAGUUGCGUGGACAAUCACGUGACAGCAUUGGAACUGUCCUGUGUAUUGAUGAUGAUGAUGGAGUUAUACGUAUUGGAUUUACUGGUGCAUCUAGGGGAUGGCAAGCUGAUCCUGCAGAUUUUGAAAGGGUUGAAGAGUUUAGGGUUGGUGACUGGGUUCGUGUUCGCCACAAUCUGCACUCUGUAAAGCAUGGUUUUGGGGCUGUCAUCCCAGGGAGUAUAGGGUUAGUGUAUGGUAUUAGACCUGAUAGUAGUCUGCUGAUAGAAUUUAGCUACUUACCCAGCCCAUGGCUUUGUGAACCAGAGGAAGUGGAGCCAUUCACUCCAUUCAGGAUUGGUGACAAAGUAUGUGUAAAGAGAUCUGUUGCGGAGCCCAGAUUUCCUUGGGAUGGCGAGACACAUCAUAGUGUCGGAAAAAUAAGUGACUUAGAGAGUAAUGGUCUUCUGAUAAUUGAAAUACUAAAUCGGUCCAUGCCAUGGAGAGCUGAUCCAUCAGAUAUGGAAAAGGUGGAGGAUUUCAAGGUUGGUGAUUGGGUAAGAGUUAAAGCUUCGGUACCCUCUCCAAAAUAUGGGUGGGAAGAUGUCACCAGGACCAGUAUAGGAAUAAUUCAUAGCUUGGAGGAGGAUGGUGAUAUGGGUAUUGCAUUCUGUUUUAGGAGCAAGACUUUCUCUUGCUCCAUGACAGACAUGGAGAAGGUGUCACCUUUUGAAGUGGGACAAGAGAUUCGAGUGAUGCCAUCUAUCAAUGAGCCGUUACUUGGAUGGUCAAAUGAAACUCCAUCUACCUCGGGCAAAAUUGAAAGGAUUGACAUGGAUGGGACCCUUAAUGUGAAAGUGGCUGGCAGAGCGAGCUUGUGGAAAGUUGCUCCUGGUGAUGCAGAAAGGUUAUCAGGAUUGGCAGUUGGUGACUGGGUUCGUUUGAAGCAAUGUAUGGGAACAAGACCAAGUCAUGAAUGGAAUAGUGUUGGGAAAGAAAGCUUAGCAGUAGUGCAUAGCUUGCAGGAUUAUUCUUAUUUGGAGUUGGUUUGUUGUUUUCGUAAGGGUAGGUUCAUUGUUCACUGCACAGAAGUUGAAAAAGUUGCUUCCACAAAAAUUGGGCAGCAUGUUCGGUUCCGUGCCGACUUGGUAGAACCCAGAUGGGGAUGGAGAGGUGCUUGCCCCAAUUCAAGAGGUGUUGUAACUUCUGUAAAUGCUGAUGGAGAAAUAAGAGUUUCAUUCUUUAAUUUGUCAGGUUUGUGGAGAGGAGAUCCUGCAGAUUUUCAGGUAGAGGAGAUGUUUGGGGUUGGAGAAUGGGUAAAACUAAAAGAUGAUGCUAGUAAAUGGAAAUCUUUGCAACCUGGAGGCAUUGGUGUCAUACAAGGAAUAGGGUAUAAAGGAGAUGUAUGGGAUGGAACUGUCCUUGUUGGGUUCUGCGGAGAAUCAGAAUUAUGGGCGGGCCAGACUUCCAAGCUAGAAAGAGUAGAUAGGUUUGCAACUGGGCAACGGGUGAGAGUGAAGCCAAAUGUAAAGGAUCCACGAUUUGGGUGGUCGGGUCAUACGCAUGCCAGCAUCGUUUCUAUAACAGCAGUUGAUGCAGACGGAAGAAUAAGAGCAUACACUCCGACUGGCUCAAAGGCAUGGAUGCUUGAUCCAUCGGAAGUGGAAGCGGUGGAGGAAGAGAUUUUAAAAAUUGGAGAUUGGGUAAGGGUAAAAUCAUCAGUGGUGACACCAGUUUACCACUGGGGAGAAGUGACUCACAAGAGCAUCGGGGUGGUUCUCCGCAUGGAGGAAGGGGAGCUUUGGGUAUCGUUUUGCUUUAUGGAGCGGCCCUGGAUAUGCAAGAAUUGCGAGAUGGAGAAGGUGAGAGCAUUUAAGGUGGGCGACACAGUGAGAUUUAGAGAAGGACUAGUAACCCCAAGGUGGGGAUGGGGAAUGGAGACACAUGCUAGUGAGGGACAGGUUGUUGGAGUGCAUGCUAAUGGAAAGCUAAGAAUUAGGUUUAAAUGGAGAGAAGGUCGGCCCUGGAUUGGAGACCCUGCAGAUAUUGUUCUUCACAAUAAGCUCUAGUGGGAAUUCAAUUCAAUGAAAAACUAAACCGUAUGUGGCCCUCAAAUUAAGGAUUUAUAGAGGAGUAAAAAAUGGAUUCUAAGUUAUUACUACAUAACUACCUGCCUGCCUAGAUGAUAUAGAAAUAGAGAGGCCUGUCCGUUUUCCUUGUAUAUUUAGAGCACGACAAUAGAUGAUGUUGGGCCUAAUACCUUCUUGUGUAUUUGUUUUUUUUUUUUUAUUAGGUUUUUCUCUGUAGAUUCUCAUGUUUGUAGGUGACCCCUGUUGUGCUAUUUGUAAAAGUGGCUGGACACAUGGUUAAAUAGUUCUGUAAAUAUCAACUCCCAUUUUUAGAAAAUAAUAUAUCAAUUAUGUAUA